AUGGAUAACAAUAAAGCUCAAGGGCCAGAUGGUUUCAAUGUUUUAUUCUUCAAGAAGGCUUGGAAUAUCAUUGGUGAUGAUAUCUUUGAGGCGGUUAAUGAAUUCUUUACAACUGGAAAAAUUUUAAAGCAGAUCAACCAUGCUAUUAUUGUGCUUAUUCCUAAGCAUGAUCAGGCCUCCCAGUCCAUUGGCUUCCCAGCCCAGUUCUGUACUUGGAUCAUGGAAUGCGUUUCUUCCACUUCCUUUAGUGUGGCAGUCAAUGGAUCCAUUUAUGGCCACUUCAAAGGGCAGCGAAGUCUUAGACAAGGGGAUCCUUUCUCCCCUUAUCUAGGAGAUAUCCCUUCUGUGUCAACUAUGUUUGCCAAGCUUCAGCACUUCUGUAGGGUUUCAGGGCUUUCCAUUAGCUCUGAUAAAUCUGCCAUAUACUCAACCGGUAUUAGGCCUCAUAAGCUUUCUCAUAUUCAGCAGCUUACUGGAUUUAGCUAG